AUGUCCGGUUCCAUCGACGAGUCGACAUCUGGCCUGCCGUCAGCUGCGCCACAGUCAGCUGCGCCACAGUUCUUCCACCGGCCGGAUCUGCAUGCACGUCCCGAAGACGGCGACGACGUGCAGCCACGGCGGCGCAAGGUCCGCAAGGGCACGCACACGUGCUGGGAGUGCAAGAGGCGCAAGGUGCGCUGCACAUUUUCAGCGCCGGGCGAUGCCACGUUUCAGGUCUGUGCCCGACGCUGUCUGCGCUGUGUCAGCCAAGAGUUUCCCGAAGAAACAACGCCGGCCGAGCUGCAGAGCCGGCUGGUGGGCGAUCGGCUCGUGCAGGUCGAGGAGAUGGUGCGGCAUCUGGCACGACAUGGCAUGAGGACCCCCCAGGCAGAGCCUCUGUCGUCGUCGUCAUCAUCGACGCCGCCGGCUCUCGUCCCCAACAGCAUGCCGACGCCGGCCAACAGCACGACCCCAGCAUCUUCCGUCUGCUGUGAGUCGCUCUCAUCGCUGCCGCUUGAGACUAGAGACGCGUCCGCCUCCAUUUUUGCCUCCACUCCCACCAUCCUUACUAUCCUUCCCGGUGCCAGUCAUGAAGAGCUCGCCGGCGCUCUCUUGGCGGCCUUCCCGUCCGGUCCCGAUCUCGACCUCAUCGCCUCCUGCACGGCCGAAGCCUACAACCACUGUCAAGUGCUGUUUCGGUCACAGCGUGACAUCCGUGACUCCGGCUUCUGGCCAACCACCGGUCUGCGGGCCCGCCCGAUGCAGCUGUCAGAGUCACCGCUUCCACACCCCGUCAUCAUCGCCCGCCAGAUGCUCUUACUGGCCGUGGUUCUGCAGCUGUCGGACUCACGGGCCCGCAAAGGCCUCGGCGGACUCUCAGAACCGGCCUCGACCAUCGCAGCUCGACUCGGCAGCACGGCCAUCGGACUGGUCACACGCAACGACGAGCUGCUCGACACACUCGACAACUCGGUCGACAGCUCGCCCGACGGGCUCGAAGGCCUCGAGUGUAUCAUCCUCGAGGCCAUGUACCGCGGCAACUCGGGCCAGCUGCGUCGAUCCUGGCUGACAUGGCGUCGUGGCAUCUCGCUCGCCCAGCUGAUGCGCCUUCCCAGCAUGGCCUCGCGCCCAGCCUCGGCCUCGUCCUCUCCCUUUAUCGUCGCAUACGUGGUAGUUGUCGACAUCUCGUAA